CCCCCAUUCGUCUCUUCUGCCUCGUUCGCUCCCCACCUCCUGCUUCUCCUGCUUUUCAGCGAGAGGCGGAGAGCGCUCAGAGGGAGAGAGACGCCUCAGUGGCCUAACGCUCCCACCCUUCGCUUCCGAAGGGUAAGCCCUCCCCCUCCCCUCCUAUUUUUUACCAAAAAAAAAAAGGGUUCUUUUGGUAGCAAGCCAUGGCAGAUCAGGUUAACCAUCCAACUGUCAUCCAGAAGGUUGCUGGGCAGUUCCAUCUUAGAUCCAGCUUUUCCCAAGAUAUGCAGGCUCGUGACUGCACCUCUUAUAUGCCCUCUUUGUACAAGAGGUCAUACACAACAGGGAAUUAUGUAAACGGGGGCUUGCAGAAUCCUCUGAUGCAGGUUUCCAGUGCUAGCUAUGAUCACCCUGUGUUGACACCUGUUUCACCUGUUUUUGCCCAUGCACCUUCAGAAAAAGGUUUUACCGGCUUUGCUAUUGAUUUCCUUAUGGGUGGUGUUUCAGCUGCAGUAUCAAAAACUGCUGCUGCUCCUAUUGAACGUGUGAAAUUACUUAUCCAGAACCAGGAUGAGAUGAUCAAGACUGGUCGUCUCUCUGAACCUUAUAAAGGAAUUGGAGACUGCUUUGGUCGAACAAUCAGAGAUGAAGGUCUUGUCUCUUUAUGGAGAGGAAAUACAGCAAAUGUUAUUCGUUAUUUUCCAACUCAGGCUCUGAACUUUGCAUUUAAAGAUUACUUUAAGAGGAUGUUCAAUUUUAAGAAAGACAGAGAUGGAUACUGGAAAUGGUUUGCGGGUAACCUUGCUUCAGGUGGUGCUGCUGGUGCUUCUUCUCUACUGUUUGUGUACUCUCUUGACUAUGCCCGUACCCGUCUGGCAAAUGAUGCUAAAGCAGCAAAGAAGGGAGGGGGAAGACAAUUUAAUGGUCUUAUCGAUGUCUAUCGGAAGACUUUGGCAUCAGAUGGCCUUGCUGGCCUUUACCGUGGAUUUAACAUUUCAUGUGUUGGAAUCAUAGUCUAUCGCGGUCUUUACUUUGGAAUGUAUGAUUCUUUGAAGCCAGUAGUCCUUACUGGAAAACUUCAGGAUAGCUUUUUCGCCAGCUUUGCACUGGGUUGGUUAAUCACAAAUGGUGCUGGACUUGCAUCAUAUCCUAUUGAUACCGUUCGCAGAAGAAUGAUGAUGACCUCUGGAGAAGCGGUUAAGUACAAGAGCUCUCUUGAUUGUUUCUCUCAGAUCCUGAAGAAUGAGGGGGCAAAGUCCCUGUUCAAGGGUGCUGGUGCAAAUAUUCUUCGUGCCAUUGCAGGUGCUGGUGUUCUUGCUGGCUAUGACAAGUUGCAGCUGAUUGUCCUCGGGAAAAAGUUUGGCUCUGGUGGUGCUUAACGAGGGUAUAGAAUGAGUCUUCUUUCCGUAGAUGGUGAUGAAAACUAAACUUGGUCUUCUUUAUUCGAGUCUGCAGGCAUCCAGCCAGUUAAAUUUGAAGUUUUAAUAAGUUUUGUUGAGGGAAAUUAUCCCAACAAUUUUUUUGGAGGAGCAUUGUUCUCCAAAACCUUCUAUAAUUGCAGUAGUUGGUAGGCACCUUGCAUUAGUUGAGAUGACCUUUUCGGCGACAUUGCCCCCUAGUCUAUGUACCUUCCAAUGGAACAACAUUAGGAAGUUCUUUUUUUCUUUUCAAGAGUGUGACAUUAAUCCCCAGCUGUUCUUUUGGGAUGUCAUGAGUUAUAAGUUCGCACAUGUUUUUCAGUAUUUAGACAUGGUACCGUGACAUUGUCAUCUGGAUGAAUCUUGAAGUACAUUUAGCCUAUGUUAAGUCAUCUUACAAUAAUGAAAUCUUCCAGAUUUAUUUUAUCAUA